AUGUCAUCCAGCUACCACCCUCAAGGCCAUCAUGAUUGGGGCGAUGGUUUAUCAUUGCGUCCGCAUCUGCACAGCAUCAGAUUUCCGCCGCAGCUGUGCUUUCUGGCCCCACUUCCAGUAGAGCUUUUUUGCUGUCCGAUUGUCCGAGACAUUCUUGCAUCCAUGGCUGCGACCGUCCAGACCCGUGCUGCGAUCUGGGUGAGCCCCAAGCGCGUUGCCAUCUCAGUCGUGGCGGCUGGUGCCAUCAGCGCACUGCUCCUGGUGGCUGCUGGGGGUGCCACGUUGGGUGCUGGCAAUGGACUCCUGAAGAAAGAUGAUGCACCAGUGGCACCAAUGAAGGCUGAAAGCGGUGGUGAGCGACAUCCCAUCAUGCGAAAAGAGAUGCCGCUGGAGGCUGUGGAAGCGUCGAAGGAGCGUCCUGCUCAAUGGGGCAGCAUCAUGCGCAAAGAAGCCAGAGAGGCUCCGAUCCCUGGGAAAGCUGCUCGAGGUCCCGCAAUGUGCGUGGCCUGUGUCUUUGGAGUUCUGGCCAUCUACAGCUUCGGGCAGCAGCUCAGGAGCGCCUUCCACUUGUUGUGUCAGGGCUUUGGUUUGGACGUCAAGCAGAAGUAAAGCCCGUGGCACGAGCAUCGGCGGAUCAAAA